AUGACUGGUUUAAUAGCGUUGUGUAUAACCUGUUUUAUCCUUUAUUGUAGCUUUACUUGGAUAAUACCAAGAUUUUUAGCAUGGUUAGUAAAAAGACGAUAUAAAAUUUAUCUACGUGUCGGCCACAUUUCAUUACCGUAUUUUAUAUUACGAGAUGUGAAUGUUUCUAAAAAUGGUUUUACAUUGCAAGUGGAAGAAAUCAGUAUAAGGAGCAGUUUAUUUAGCAGUGAUGUUGCAAAACUGUUAGCUGUGAUUAUGAAAGAUGUUAGAAUUAAUAAAGAUGUUCCAGCAAAACCUGUACAAAUAGUGAGAAAACCAAAGAAACCAAUGGAUUUUCGAAAUAAGAAAAUUCCACCCAUAAUUAUAACAUUUGUACAAUUUAUGGCUGUGCAUGUAGAGAAUUUAAGCCUUUUGAUUUUGGGUAAUGGUUGGUUAGCUAAUGGAAGUGCUGAAAGUCUUACUUUAGAUGGUAGUGUUGUUCAUGGAGCCCGUACCCUUCUUGCAUCUGCUGCAAUCAUAGGUGGAGCAAUGAAACUGUUAUGCCAUGCAUCAGAUGCUUGCAUCUCACAGAUAUCUUUUGCUGGAAUAGUAGAAGCGACUCUUAAGGCACAAGGAGAACUUUCGGUAGAGAAAUUGUACAUCGGAAUAACGCAGACAGAGGGUUCUGGAGGAGCAGGUCUUAUUACAUUCUUCAAAGACAGAAGUUCAUUAACUAACACUGCAUCUUCGUAUUCAGAUGCACAAGUCGAGUCUUCUAAUAAUCUUUUAGCUCGAUUGACACCAGUUAUACCAAAAGAUUUUACACUGAAAGUGGGUAAUUCUUCUAUAAUAACGGGUAGAGAAGAUGGUAUACUUCUUGGUUUAGAAGGUACAAUGAAGAGUCUGCAAAUUAACACAAAAUUUGAAGCAUUUAAUAACCCACUGUUAAAUCUUACUUUAAAUUUGGAGGGACUUUCAAUUCGUAGCAAAUUUCCUGUUUUGACAUUACGAUCAUUGAUAAUAAAUUCAAAGAUGGAUGAGGAUAUUUUACAAAUUGCUACACAAAUCAGUAAUCUUUCUAUUAUUUAUGAUCAUAAAGAUUGGGAAACAAUAUUGUGUAAUACCAAUGAUGAAAUUUCUAGACCUGUUGGUAGUAUAACAUUAAAAAAUAAAUUACCAUGGUUAGAUAUAAGAGUAAAUACUGAACUUUAUGAUUCAUCAUUAUGUAUCAAAUUAUUGGAUGUUCAUGAAGCUUCAUGUGGUGUAUCUCAUAUGAAAUUUUCAUUAAAUACACUUGCAGAUAUGGUAGACAAUUGGAACACAGAGUUAGUAGUAGAAUCUUUGUAUUGCACUUUAAAUGGCUCCAGUGCAAUUAUUUCGGAAACAUCUCAUCGAUGGGGAACUCCUCUAUCUAUCGGAGUAUUAUUAGCUACAACACGUACUAAUGCUGUAGGAAUUGCUGUCGAUGCUCUUGUAACUGAAUGGAGUUUGGAACUUGCUGGGUUUCUUGAAGAGGCAUACAGAUGCUGUCAAAUGUACAACAGAAGAAUCGAGACAUUUAAAAGUACCAAAGAAUCAGAUAGUGUUAUUCAAUUGAAUCUUAAGAUUACAAAUUGUAAUUCAUUCUUUAUUGCGGAAAACAGUCUCUCCGUCAUGAUGCGUUUAGAUACUGCAAAUGUAGAGUACAAUACAAAACGAUUAGUGGCCGUAACAGAGGGUGUGAGCGCAAUCACGUUGAAUAAAAACGAACCAGUUAUCUGUCAACAUGCACAAGCAUUGACACAUCCUUUUUUAGCUAUUAGAAAGUGCAAAGGUGCAGUUACUUCUGAAACAAUAAAUAUUAGUUUGGAUGGCACCAGCUUGGCAUGGAGUCCUAAUUUACAUCUUCGUCUCUUACAACUUUGGCUAGAAUCUACAGAUUUUAGAUCUAUCAUAAAUGGAGAUACGUCGACGAUCAUUGUUCAAAAUGAAAAUGUUGAAAAUCAACAGAAACGUUUAAUAGAUAUAUUAGCUACUGGCGGAAUUAGUCUAUCUAUAGAUAUUUCUCCAAAACACUUUUUAGAACUUUCGUCAGAUCAGUUGCGUUGGUCGCAAGGAGAAUGGAGAUUGAAUUAUAUGCGCGCUACUUUAGAUAUGGCUGACAUCAUCAUGAUUGAAGGAUUCGAGUUAAUCAGGGUAUUGAAUAAUACGGAUGUACGAUUAGAACGUCAAAGUAACGAAGGUUUUGUCUUGGAUUGGAAUGAGACUUGGAUGCUGAACAUCGAAUCAGUAAAAGCUUGCUUUCCGUAUGAACAUCAGUUUACUGACGCAAUUCAGAAUGAGUUGUUUAGUAUAAAGAAAUGGUUAAAAGAAAUUCAUUCGUCAUUGACAUCUAGUUAUGGACAAGAGAAACGUUUACCGUACGAUUUAAUUGUAAAAAUCAAGGAAUGGGUAUUCGAGGUAAGCGACGAUCCAUUCGAAGUACGGUUACGAGACAAUUACGAAUUAUUAGAAGACGAAUAUAAAGAAAGCUUAAAAAGACAGGCAAUGCUUGAUGCUAAAGUGCAAGAACUAUGUCGAGCCCAUUUGUUACUUCCUCAGGAUAAAGUCGAGGAAUUAUAUGCCAGUUUGAAUAAAAAGCAUGCCGAGAUAUAUGUACAGCGGUGGAAACAAAUGCAACGCGCUGGCCCAGCUAGGACACGAUUGUUUGCUUGGUCGAUGUUGGAUAUUGAAAUAUUAGCUUUAGCUGAUCCAUCGAUUGAUAGUACGGAAAACGCAACGAAAGCUCUUCGAGAAAUGGAUGCAGAAACUCCUUGGCCAGAGGAUGGUCUUGAAUUUAGUACGUUGUGGGUGAGAGGAAUUAGUUUAAAGUGUGCCGAAUGGAAAUUACAGUUGCGAGAUUUUCCGCAACCGUUAUUGCUAGUAGAAAAUUUAAGCGUAUGGGGUAGAUUAGCUGGUGCAGAAGCUUUAGCACCGCCGCGAGCUAGGCGAACUGUGAGAAUUGAAAUUGGUACUCCCUGGGAGGACAUUAUCGUAGAAAGAGGAAUGACAUCGUUGAAAUAUUAUCACGAUCUUAAUUGGGAUGUUGAUAAAUUCAGAUACGCAUUCGGUCCUUGUUGGGAGCCGGUGAUAGCACAAUGUAAUCUUAGUUUCGAAAAAAUUAUCCAUCCGUCACGAGAUCCGAGCCCUCCUUUACCAUUUUGGGACAAAAUGCGCCUAGCUCUUCAUGGAAGAUUAACAUUUUGUGUGAAACAGUUGACAGUUCUACUACAUGGUUCACUGGAUCCAUAUAAUACCACAGAGGAAAUGGAGCUUACAUGGACAGGACUAGAGCUUGAUUGGACGCAAGGAAGAAUUAUUGUAAAAGGAGAUCUAGAUGUUUAUGUUCGAACAGCCAGCAAAUAUGAUGAUUGCAGAUUACUACAUUUACCAAAUGUACGUUUGAGCAUAAAAUUAGCCUGGGUUUGUUUAGGUGAUCCUAGAGACCAUCAUGCCGCGAUACCCUGUGCGCCAGACAGAUUACCGGAAUAUUCAAGUAAUCAAGAGCAUGAUUCAUUUAGGGCAUUUCGUUCACAAAAUUUAAAUGUUAGUCUUUCGCUUGAAACGAAACCUACUGGAUCUCCAGCACUGGCAAGCGCACCAACUGCUUUACUAUAUGGCAGCACUCUUAGAUGGUUUGAAAAUUUAAAAUUCAUUUUAUCCGGAGCAACAAGAACAACAAGGAAAGGGCCACUUUUUAAAAACAUCCGACCUAGGAAGAAACAAUUGAGCAGACAUUAUAGGAAAGUACGAUUAACAUUAGCUUUCCAUCGAUUUCACGUCAGCUAUUGGAUGUCUUUCGCUAUGCAACGUGGAUUCGAAGUAACUGGUGGAAGAGUAGGAUGUAGCUGUGAGCAUAAUUUGUCUUUACAUCCAAUUGAUGAUGGUCUAAUACAUCGUCCAAGAGCCGAAUGGUCUGUGGUGUAUAUGAAUUGCGAACUUAGUGAUGCGGAAAUCUGGCUAAAAAGCGCCCUCCACGAAGACAAGGAAAGCGCUUCACUCCGACAACCGGUCGAAAAGUGUUACUGUUUAAGUGUAGCUCGUGUCAGCUAUGGUAGAGAAGCAAUGGUAACUGGGGUUACUGAAGGGGAUACUCCUACACAUAGACUUGUGGUACAUGAUUUAAAAGGGGCUUGGACAAAAACAAAUAGGGAUGUGGCGUUCGCCCUCUUUGAUUCUUUCAUAAAAACUCAGCAACUUAAGAAAAAUCUUUCUACUGCAGCUUUGAAAGGCUUUCAUAGAGAAAAUAAAUCAACACCGCACAAAAAUCGAACAAGAUCGGUCGAGGUGCAGAAUGCGGUGACACAAGUAAAUCCAUCUUCCUCAACGAAACCGCAACAAGGAGAAGCUGUUGGUAUGUUACAGAGAUUAAUAGCUGAGGCUGCAAACAAACCUGUAGCGUUUAGCGAUGAUCUAUCAGUACAAACAAGAGGUCAACAAUUGCGAGGACUGGCAGCUUGUCAUCAAGAUGACGUCCUUCACAAAAAUUGGUUAAUUGCUUUAGUAAACAGUCAAGUAUUAUUGAAAGGUAUUGAAACACGAGGAUACGUGAUUUUAUCUGCAGCUAAAGCAGAAAUAUUACAAAGGGUACAUCAACCUAUAUGGAAAGAAAGAACAUUAGUAUCAAAGACAACCUGGGUUGGAUCAUUGGAGUGUAUGCAGUACUACGCAACUGUUAGCGCCAACAUUGACGAAAAUAUUGACGAUAAUAUAAUGUGGUUGACAUUAGACAAUAUACAAGAGAAAGAUUCUACUGUAAUAGCUGGUUUACCAGAUGUGCCAGCAUUAGUAGGUUCUGGACAAAGCGUUGGUGGUGUGGUCAGUCAAACUGUUGGUGGUGGUGGUGGACCCCAACACCAAUUACAACGUAUUGUCUCAAGAUGUAAAUGUGAGUUCUUCUAUGUUGGUUAUGGACAAGCUUUAGAUGUUGGCUUUGUUGAUCAAGUUCCACCACCACCAAGAGAAGAAGUUAGUCCAUGGGAAAGAAAAGAACUUUCAGCAGCUGAUGCAUUUACAUUGAUGCAUCAUGAUUUAGAUGUUUGCACGAAUUCGUUGCAAUACGCUAUGAUUUUAGAUAUCGUUAACAAUUUGCUCCUUUAUGUUGAACCAAGGAGAAAAGAAGCAUCAGAACGUUUACAGAGAAUGCGAUUUCAAUUGCAAUUACAUUCAGUUGAAGAUCAAAAACGGCCAAUUCAGCAACUACAAAACACUGUACGUGGCUUGGUAGCAAAAUUAAGAAGAUUAGAACGUGAAACGUACUUGGUGCAAAAAGCUCUUGCAGAGGAAUCUAGUCCUGAAUUGUUAGUAGAAAUGGAACGAUUAGAAGCUAGAGUUUUCGAAUGUAAAGAACAACUCGGAGCGAAAGCGGAAGAACUUGAUGUAAUGUUAAGUUGCUACAAGGAAACAACUGCCCCAACCACAGCUUCUACUACCUUGAAAGAUAAACCAGCAGCAGUUGCAAGAGUGGCAGAAAUUUGCUUCAAACACGCUCAAUGGCGAUUAACGGAUGCAGAUGGUCAAUUGGGAAUCGCUGAUCUUCUAUUAACCAAUUUUUUGUACACCAAAACAAGUAAAACUGAUGAUUCAGUUGAACAUUUACUCGAAUUAGGAUAUGUUAGGAUGACAAAUUUACUACCGAAUCAAGUUUAUACUGAUGUAUUAACGCCCACAGAAUUACAAAAUAAUAUGCCUGUCGAUAGAAAAAGAGCUCUUCGCGUUUUCUGUAGAGAAAAAGCACCAGUCGCCGGGAUAUCUGUAAAGGAACAUUUUGAAAUCAAUGUUGUUCCAUUGACGAUAGGUUUAACGAAAAAGUUCUUCAAUACAAUGCUCAAAUUUUGUUUCCCUGAGAGAGAUCCAGAGGGUAUAGAAGAACCUCCUGCACCACAAAGAGAUUCCUCUUUUUAUGUACCGAUCGAAAGAAGAGAUGACGUAGAAAAAAUGAAAGAACGUGCAGACAAAAAUAAAUUAUUUAUAUAUAUUAAAAUACCAGAAGUUCCCGUUCGUGUUUCGUAUAAGGGAAAUAAGGAAAAAAAUUUAGAAGAUGUUCGUGAUUUUGCUUUGGUAAUACCUACAUUAGAAUAUCAUAAUGUCACUUGGACAUGGCUUGAUUUACUUUUGGCUAUGAAAAGUGAUUCUAGACGUGUAAUAUUAAGUCAAGCCAUUAAGCAGAAAUUACAAAUCAAACCAAGAGGUCCGCAAGAAGAAUCUGCUCCUCAAGAAGAAGAUAAAGCUCGUCUUCUAUUAGGUGCUAGACAUCUACCAGGUGAUGUGAGGAAAAAAAGUGUUUUUAAAUUUAAGUAA